AUAUGGGCCUGGAUGCUCAACAUGCCUCACGGCCCUCCGAAGGAGGGAUCAAAAGCCCGAAGAGACAGCGCUGCUUUACCCAAAGCAACUACGGCUGUGUGCGACCAUGACAGGGCCUGUGGGCGUGGUUUCUCCUGCGAUCGUCACUUUGGCCUUUGUGUUCCCCUACGUGGGGAGGGCCACUACUGUCGGAGGGAUGCCCAGUGUGUCCGUGGACUCAGCUGCAUGUUUGGAAAGUGCCACCGCAGUAUUCCCAACGGACAAGAGGGUGCCAGAUGUAAAGUUGAUAGGGAUUGUGGGGAUUCUAUGUGCUGUGCUCGACACCACGGUGAGCAGGUGUGUAAGAGACGUCUGAUCCGCAGCGAGAGCUGUUUUGUUCCCGAUGGCGGCUUGGCAUUCAGCAUAAACCAGAUUUGUCCAUGUGAUGAGGGGCUACUGUGUCGAAAAAACGGAGCUUCACUGCAAAGAGAGAUAGAUUUUAUUUACCACCCAGAACGAUCAAGUUGGACCUGCCAAGUUCCCAAAUCCUAAAGCCAGCAUUAUCUUUAAAGCUAUUUAUUGUGUAAAUAUGUUGUAUAUGGUUGUAUAUAUAAAAAAGUGUAUGUUUUUCUAAAGAUAGAUUUCUUAUUUGAGUCUUACAGCAAGGAUGUUUUUAUUAUGAUUUAAUUUUGUAAUUGUUGACAAAAGCACUAC